ACCCCUCGCUUAAACGACGACGUUUGCAGAAACAUAUCAUUACCGCGUUUAGAGUAUAAAUAAAGAUAGCUCCUCUUCAGUCAGUAGAGCAAGGCACAAGUUUCGAGAAGCAAGCCAAACAACACGAGAUCCAUGGCAACCAAACUCUAUAUCAUAUACUAUUCUAUGUAUGGACAUGUUGAGAAGCUUGCAGAAGAGAUAAAGAAAGGAGCUGCAUCUGUUGAAGGUGUUGAGGCCAAAUUAUGGCAGGUUCCAGAGAUACUAUCAGAUGAGGUGCUUGCAAAAAUGAGUGCACCUCCAAAAAGUGAUGUACCACACAUUACACCUGCUGAACUUGCUGAAGCUGAUGGUUUCAUUUUUGGCUUUCCUACAAGAUAUGGAAUGAUGGCUGCCCAAUUCAAAGCCUUUUUCGAUGCAACUGGAGGCCUAUGGAGAACUCAGCAGCUUGCCGGAAAGCCUGCUGGGAUAUUCUACAGUACAGGAUCCCAAGGUGGUGGACAAGAGACUACUGCUUUAACUGCCAUUACUCAGCUUGUUCACCACGGGAUGAUUUUUGUACCCGUCGGAUACACAUUUGGUGCUGGCAUGUUUGAAAUGGAAAAAGUGAAAGGCGGAAGUCCUUAUGGUGCUGGAACUUUCGCUGGUGAUGGCUCAAGACAGCCAUCGGAGCUUGAGCUAGAGCAGGCUUUCCACCAAGGCAAGUACAUUGCAGCCAUCACCAAGAAGCUCAAGCAAACUGAUUAAUUCUAUAACGUUCAAAGAUAAUAUGAUACCGCAUCAAACUUAUAAUAUAGUGUCAAUAUUCUAUUUUUCUACCUGUGCAGCAAUCUUGACUGAAAAGAGUGCUAUACUUGCUCCAGGAGUAUUAUCUUAUCGGUUCUCUUUUUCUUUCUUUACUUCUGUAAUUUGUGCAUUUGUAUUAUUGUUUUCGAGUACUCGGUGCAUAUAUAUGCUUGCUGUUUUUGUAAAUACGAUACUCUUCCAGAAAGCAAAAUGAUAUUAUUUGACUACUA